AUGUUUGGGCGCACACUCGCCCUCGCUGCAGUCCUUGCUACGACUGCCGUGUCGGUUGCUGCGUCCCUUGAGAAAUGUCCCGGAUACAAAGCGUCCAACAUAAAAGACAACGGACACACUCUGACAGCAGACCUGAGGCUCGCCGGCAAAGCAUGCAAUGUUUACGGCGAUGAUAUUAGGCAGUUGAAGCUCCGUGUGGAAUAUCAGACCCAUGAACGGCUACAUGUUAUCAUUGAUGACCCCAAGGAAGAUGUAUACCAAGUUCCUGAGUCCGUGUUUCCUCGGCCAGAGUCUGAAGAGAACGUCGGUACCUCAAUGAAGUCAGCUCUCCAGUUCUCCAUGACCCAGAAGCCAUUCUCCUUCAAAAUAACCAGACGAGCUACCGGUGAAGUCCUCUUUGAUACAUCCAAUUCUCCUUUGGUCUUUGAAUCCCAGUAUCUACGGCUUCGCACUUCUCUGCCGGAUGAGCCUAAUUUGUAUGGACUGGGAGAGCACAGUGACCCUUUACGCCUGAAGACUGAUGGCCUAGUUACUACCCUGUGGAAUCGAGAUGCCUUUGGUAUUCCUCCUGGGACCAACUUGUACGGCUCCCACCCGGUCUAUUAUGACCAUAGAGGAAAAUCAGGUACUCACGGCGUCUUUCUCUUGAACUCCAACGGCAUGGACGUCAAGGUAGCGAGUGAGGAUAGUGGUAAUGGGAAGAAAUACUUGGAAUAUAAUACUCUGGGAGGCGUCUUUGAUUUUUACUUCAUGGCCGGGCCGACUCCAAAGGAAGUUGCUUCUCAGUAUGCCGAAGUUGUUGGCUUGCCGGCCAUGAUGCCUUACUGGGGGUUCGGGUUUCACCAAUGCCGGUAUGGCUACCGGGAUGCUUUCAAUGUUGCUGAAGUGGUCUAUAACUAUAGCCAAGCGGGGAUUCCCUUAGAAACUAUGUGGACGGACAUUGACUACAUGGAUGGACGUAAAGUGUUCACGCUGGACUCACUGCGCUUCCCCAUAGACGAGAUGAGAGCCCUAGUAAAAUAUCUCCAUGAUCAUGAUCAGCACUACGUUGUCAUGGUAGACCCAGCAGUGAGCUACGGUGAUAAUGACGCCUUUUACCGAGGAAAAGAGCAAGAUAUUUUCAUGAAAACUUCGAAUGGAUCAAUCUAUAAAGGUGCCGUCUGGCCUGGUGUCACUGCAUUUCCUGAUUGGUUCCAUCCUGGAACUCAAGAUUAUUGGAAUAAUGAGUUUAAAUCGUUUUUCAACCCUGAAAAAGGGAUAGACAUUGAUGCCCUCUGGAUAGAUAUGAACGAGGCUGCCAACUUUUGUGACUGGCCAUGUUCUGACCCUGAAGGAUGGGAAAGAGACCAUGAUCUACCACCAACACCCCCACCAGUCAGGCAAAUCCCAAGGCCACUACCUGGAUUCCCCAGUGAACUCCAGCCGAGAAGCGUCAAACUUGUCAGGCGCAAUGGGGUCAAAAUUACAAGCAAGGCUGGCUUGCCAGGCCGUAAUCUCAUCGAUCCGCCAUACAAAAUCCACAAUGAAGCUGGAUCUAUCAGCAAUAAGACCAUGGAUACCAACUUGAUUCACGCCAACGGUCUAGUUGAGUAUGAUACUCACAACCUUUAUGGAACCAUGAUGAGUAGCGUGAGUCGAGAGUCCCUUUUGGCUCGACGUCCUACGAAGCGGCCCCUGGUGAUCACUCGAAGUACUUUUGCUGGAGCUGGAACUCAUGUUGGACAUUGGCUUGGUGACAAUCUCAGUGAAUGGAGCCAGUACCGGUUUUCCAUUUCCCAGAUCCUUCAAUUUGCGGCCAUAUACCAGGUCCCCAUGGUAGGAGCUGACGUAUGCGGUUUUGGAGGUAACACUACCGAAGAACUGUGCGCUAGAUGGGCUAUGCUAGGUGCCUUUUACCCCUUUUAUAGGAAUCACAACGAUAUUGCUGGCCGAGACCAAGAGUUUUACCGUUGGGAAUCAGUAGCUGAAGCAGCAAGAACAGCCAUUGGGAUCAGGUAUAAACUUCUUGACUACAUCUACACUGGUUUCCAUCGUCAAACACAAUCUGGAGACCCCAUCUUGAAACCCCUUUUCUACAUUUACCCUGAGGAUAAGGACACCUUUGCCAUUGAUCUGCAGUUCUUCUAUGGAGAUGCGUUACUGGUUAGCCCCGUAACUGAGGAAGGUGCCACAAGUGUCAAGAUAUACCUACCCGAUGAUAUCUUCUAUGACUUCUAUACAGGAAAGCCACUUGAAGGAAAGGGAGAAGUCAUAACAAUGGACAAUAUCCCGGUUACUCACAUUCCACUACAUUUCCGUGGUGGACAGAUCGUCCCAAUGCGCGCCAACAGUGCCAAUACCACCACCGAGCUACGAAAGCAGCCAUUUGACCUUGUUAUCUGUCUCGAUCGUGAGGGUAAUGCAGAAGGUAGUCUCUAUCUAGACGACGGCGAUUCCCUUGAGCAAGUACAUACAUCCGAAAUCAACUUUAAGUACCAUCAUGGCGUCCUCAAAAUCUCUGGCAAGUUCGACUUCCAGCACGAAGAAGGUUGGGAUAUCAAAAAUAUCUUUGUUCUAGGGUACAAGCAGAACAUCAACGCGCAGGACAAAGGAAGCAAGAACAAAGACACUCAGUAUGAUGCGAUACUGAACAAGUUAACUGUCAAAACUGAAAUUUCACUUAUGGGCCCUUCUGAGGUUACUCUUCACUAG